CCUCCAAUGGUAAACAAAUGUACUGUAGCUUAUUUAAUACGUGUGUAAUGGCCUCAAGUGUGCAUUUUAUUUCAAGAUGGUAUAUUUUGCCUGUUUACAUGUUACAUGUCACACAUGGCCUGCUCUGCCCCUCCCCCGUCCGGACUUUUCUCAACUCGCUGCCAAAAUAUGUGAAAGUCAACCCGAGCCCUUGUUAUUUAAAACUGGACACCGUCAUGGCAGGAGCAGCGAGCAGCUCCACUGAACUCAACGAGGAUCCACCGCGCUAUCCGUGAAAACAACGCCGCUGUGGAGGAACUCGAGCUCCGGGAGACUCCUUGUUUUUCGUCCUGCCCGUCGAGCCUCACAUGUCGCUCCCGGUGGUGUUGCCGGGGUCUUGCUGUCCGGUUAUCGGGGCUUCGCAGCUCGCUGAGCCGUCUUACCGAAACCGACCCCGUGGCUUGUCCGCCUCUUCGCGGACUGCUAGCAGCGGCUCUCGGCUGCUGCUACCCGGGCGGCCGCUGCUCUCGCUGGGCUUGUUGCAGCUGCUGCUCGGCGGCUCCAUGGUGGCGCUGUGCUUUGGAGCUCUGUCCCUCAGCAACUCCCCCCCAAUCCGAAACUCGUGUCCCUUCUGGGCAGGUUCCUCGGUCAUACUGUCAGGCAUUGUGGGCCUCACAACAUGGAGAAGGCCCAUGCUGUUACUGGUCAAUGUGUUUGUCCUGCUGUCUGUGGUGUGUGUGCUCCUUAAUCUGGCUGGAUUCAUCCUGUGCUGCCAGGGCGCCCAGCUGGUUUCCAGUAUGACCAGCUGCCAACUGAGUGAGGCUGGAGAUGUGUGUUACUGCUGCUCCCUCUCGUCCAGCUCCAGAUGUCCCGAGGAGAAGCUGCUGGAGCUCCACCCGGCCCACUCCUGCAGCACCAUGAGGAUCCUGCUCAAGAAAGUGUUGUUUGCGCUGUGUGCUCUGAACGCUCUGACCACGGCCGUGUGCCUUAUGGCUGCCGCCCUGAGGUACCUGCAGAUCUUCACCGCCAGAACACCGUUCACGGACGAGCACAGGGCCACAGUUGAAGAAAGGGAGGAGCCGGCUCAGGUCCCAGACCCAGAUGAGUUUGUGGCCCCGGCCCCGCCCCCCUCCUACUUCUCUACUUUCUACUCAUACACCCCCCGCCUGGCUCGCCGGAUCCUUGGGGACAGUGUGAUCCCUCUCCCUCAUAUCUACGGGGCCCGGAUCAAAGGGGUGGAGGUCUUCUGUCCUUUAGACCCCCCACCUCCAUAUGAGGUUGUGGCUGGAAGCUCCACCAAUGCAGGCACACAGGAGCCAGAGAUCGCUCUGACAGAGUUGACUAUCAACCCGACUACCUCGGCACCAGGAGCCUCUGUUGGAGACAGGAGUCCCCAAAUGGUAUCAGCAUCACCGGGCCACUUUCCGCAAGCCAAGCCCCAGCUCCAGUCUCCUCUUCCUCCUCCUUCUCCUCCUCCUUCUCCUCCUCCUCCUCCACAGCCCCCUUCUCCAGCACCUCCCCCCUCUCCAGCUCCGUCCCCCUGGAGGAGAGCAAGGAUCCACCGCUCCACCAGCGACCCGGUGUUGAUGGACCUCGCUGACAGAGCGCUGAGCAGCAGCGACGCUCCCCAGACCACAGACUCCUCCACCCAGACGUCCCAGCCCGCGCUGGCUGCCUGCGCCCAGGGCCAGGUCACACUGCGACGGGGCAACGGCGACAGGAGGACCCCCCGCCGGCCACGGCCCUCCUCCAUGGUGGACUACCAGAGCUACCGACACACACAGCAGCUGGUCAGGAAGAUCCUGGAGCAGCCGGCGGCGCAGGGCCUGGCCCCCGAGGUCCAGGAGCUGGUGGACAGCAUCCGGAGUGUCCUGCAGUCAGACCAGGAGCACAUGGAGGAGGCUGUACGCUGCGCCAGUUACAUAGAACAGGUGUUCACUGACUCCCAGAUGGGUCCCGGUCAGCCUAAACCUCCCCAGCAGCCAGCAGACAGUUCCUCCCAGACUUUCCCACGCCCCCCCCGUAGAAGGCCCGGCCUGCUGCACCUGCAGAGCUGCGGGGACCUCAGCUCCUUCACCUGUCCUACACUCGAGUCUCUGGAACCUCAAGGCAACAGUAGAAAAGUGGUGUUGAGGGCGGGGUCCCGCCCAGAUCAUCCCGAACGCCCCCACAGUCUGAUCGGAGUCUUUAGAGAGACGGUGAUUUGAAAACCAACUGUAUAGAAAUAUGUUGUAUGGCAACACAGAUGGAUUCUGCUUUAUCUGUUGCUAAACCUCGAAAACCACUGUGUGUGUGUGUGUGUGUGUGUGUGUGUGUGUGUGUGUGUGUGUGUGUGUGUGUGUGUUUAUGCAUGUGUAGUUGUGUUUUUUUUUUUUUUUUUUUACAUUUUUUGCUCAGCUAAUACAGUUUUUUAUGACAAUUUAUCUGUGAAAUACAAAAACUAUGGGUGCCUUGUAUUGAAACAUGGUACCCAGCAUUUAAAGUGCUGUAUGCUUUGAGAUGUGUGUGUGUGUGUGUGUGUGUGUGUGUGUGG